UACCAGUUUGUAUUGUUUAUGUUUAAUAGAAAGAUGAGUCCUAUUAGAAGCGCGCAGUUCGAUUCAUCGCAAGAGAGCCACGAUCACGGCGACAUAAAUGUUGUGAAGAAGAAAAAUCUCGCAAAGGACUUGCUGAAAUCUCGAAUUUUCUUGGGUCGCUACAUAGAAAGGCGGCUAAUUAAUCAACGCAUUGGCUACAGAGAUGUUGUUGUUGUUAGUCCGGCUGAGGUUGACUUGAAGAGAGAUUUGCUUGAAGUGCAAAACAGUCUCCAUAUUGUUUGUCCAAACAUCCAAUGGAUAGGCAUCACUGACUCUGAACCACUUGGUUACACAUCUGGCGUAUGCAUCUGGACCGAAAUAGACAACCAACCCUUCGGGGCGUUUUGGUUUCAAGUAAAGAGCCUUAAAUUCAGGGAUGAAGAAAUUAUAGUGAGUGUAAAGUGUCUGCGGCACAUAUCAGAUGCAUUUCUUGAAUUGGAGCCUAUACUGACUGGAGGGUCUGGAGGUACAAGCAAGAGUAAGGAAAAAAGUGAAGGCAAAGUUGAAAAGCCUAUUGAGGCUCUUAGUGACACUGUUCACGAGAUAAAAGCUAAUUUAAAAAGUGCUUUAUCUAUAACCAAUGUAAAAGAAUUCUUUACUUUCAUAUUUGCACUUGUUAUUGCAGUUUUUACUGGGAGCACUGCAUUUAUCAACUUCCUUGGCAAUUUUAUUUUAGCUUUGUUGAGAGAAUUGUCAAUUUUGGUUAAAAAUUCAACUCCAGCAUUUUUGGGUUUUUUAAAUUUUUUGAGCAAAAUUGUUGGAGGAUUUUAUUUACUGUUAGCUAUGUUCUUCAAGCCGAGUAACCCACCUCCACAGAACAAGAGAUCACUUAGAUGCAUUGACGACACACAUUCUAGGUAUAACAAUGAUUUUGACAGCAGGUAUAUUGACUGAUUGUUUUUAGAUUAUUUAUUUUAAGUUUUUGAUCAAGUUUGCAAUUUAGUUGUUUAGAAUUUAUUCUGGGUAGAUCUCAACUUUGUUAUGCCAAAGCUGAAAGUUAAAUUGUGGCAUAGCUUUAUGGCAAAGGAAUCUUACCGUUGAGGUGCCUUUGUAUUAUUUUAUGUUUGCAACUUUUUUUUUUAUUACAAAAAGGCAAGCAUUUGACCGCAAUCUCACCUGAUGGUAAGUGCUGAAAUAGAAAUCUAAAGAAAGCUCUAAGCACACAAAUAUUAUAACCAACUCCUCCCCUGAUAACAUACAUUAGUGUAUAUCUAUGAUCUGAUCAAUCACCAUGCAGCAAAAACAAGUCAAUAAUAAGACGCUUAAAAAGUGUCACAUAGUUAUAUGUCAGCAUACUAAGCAUAGUGUGAUCUUAUGAGGACCCUUCUAUUUUUUUCUGUCCUAUCCACAUACCUGAAAUGGUAGUGGGCGCUUUCUUUUUCCUUCCUAUUUUACUCUUAUCUUAGUUGUAAUAUUUAUCAAUAGAUAGCGAAGCUUGAAGGUGACUGCAAGCUAGUACAGUCUCAUCAAAUAGAUAGUGACGGUGGAAGCUACCAAUGUUACCUUACCAUAGUAAUAAGGAAGUGUCUCAAUGUAUUUGGCCACUUUGACCAUCACUUUGUAUUUGAUGCUGACUGUACAAGGGUAAUUUCCAUUAUACAAUCCAGGUUGGAUAUUAGAAAUUCAGGGUUACAAAAGAUUGAGACCCUUUGCCCCAUAAAAUGUUAACAUUCUUAAAAUAUUAGUGCAAUAUCUAUGCUAUAUCUGUAGCUGUUCUGCUUCCGCAAUAUUCCGCAUUUUAAUAACAUUCCUAUUGUUUCAUCUCAUUCCAUUCUAGCUGUUUGGCAUAUAGUGUUUUUGUAACAAGCCAUAUUGAACCUUAUGGUUGGAGAGCCGGCAGUAAAGUUUCGAACCAACGUGAUACCGCGAUGAGAUGCACAAUGGUUUCCCAUAAAACUGAUGCUAAGUCCGAAUUUGAUAGUCUGCCACGGCGGAACUAGCCGAAAGUACAAAAAAAAUAGCCACUUCCGGUGCGAAAAAGGGGGGGUCAUUUAACCCAUCUGAUACUACAAUAAAAGCUAUGGCAUCAGUUAGAAAUUUACUGGUAGAUACAGAAAAGCGAAAUCUGCCAGUAUGAUUCCUGCCGGAAGUGCUUGGCAUACGCUCUCAAAGGUGACCAUCAGGACCCCUAAAUUAACCCAUCUGAUACCAGCAUGAAACCAAUUCCAGUCGGUAGAUAUGAACCUUCUCUUCAGGAAUAUAUAAGUCUGCCAGGGCGCUUUCAGCCGAAACACCUUGACAUACGAGAUUAUGUGGCGCAACAUCCGUGGUACCCGUAUAACCCGUAUUUUGGAAUUGUACAUAUUACGGACAUUUCAAAUACUGCAGGCUUAUUAAUUUAUUACUCUAUGCUUAUAUUUGUAUAUUAUUACGUUAUUAAUAACACAUAUUUAUAAUAAAUUAAGUUAAAAUAAAUUAAAUAAUGUGAUUAAUAUGAUUAAUAGUCAUUGAAUCAGUCUAUAUGAAUCGUUUGUCUUUGUCUGUCAUUUUGACUUAUGUAUUUGUAAGAAAAGGAUAAAACAUAAUUUAACUAAUUCAGGCUCGUAAAGUUUAACGAAUAAGGGGGUAUUAGUAUUCAUAGCUAAAUCAGGCUUGUAAUGCGACAUAAAAUGAUUUUUGGUGGUUUCUUUUACGCUUGAGGCGUUUUUUCACCUAUUUGGUGUAUCUAAUCACUAUCUUAUGUAGGGGAGAGAGGGGCAAGACGAGUAAGACGGGGUAGCGGCUUUAUAUGGCGAAACGACUGACCAACCAUCAGAAUCCCGUUAACGCAUGACGAUGCGUCGCCAUCAUAGCAAUCAGUUCGCACAGUGACCGGCUAGACAAAUGGUGUCGUUAAUUAUUUAUUUGCAAAAAAACUGUUUUUGUCAUAUUCCUUGUUAUUUUUAGGGUUCCGUACCCAAAGGGUAAAAACGGGACCCUAUAACUAAGACUCCGCUUUCUGUCUGUCUGUCUGUCUGUCCGUCUGUCACCAGGCUGUAUCUCAUCAACCGUGAUAGCUAGACAGAUGAAAUUUUCACAGAUGAUGUAUUUCUGUUGCCGUUAUAACAAACUAUAACUAAUUGUUUAUAACACCUGUAUUCAUUACCUGUAAUGCACAAUUGAUGAAUAAAUGAUUCUAAAAACAUAAUAAAAUAAAUAUUUAAGUGGGGUUCCCAUACAACAAACGUGACUUUUUUGCCAUUUUUUGCGUAAUGGUAUUAUGGUACGGAACCUUACGUGCGCGAGUCCGACUCGCACUUGGCCGGUUUUUGUGUUUUAUUUGGUUUGCGUUUGUUUCCUUAUUAUCACCAGCACAUAUAUACUGUUAAUUUAUUCCUAUGGCCCAGCAAUCACGCCAACAGCUAAGGACUUGUUUGGUUUCAAGUACGGUUUAUUUUACAAAAAACUUUCGAAUUUCAUUAGGCACAUGGGGCAAGAUGGGGUACAUCUUGACGGCCGUAGUUUUAAAGUGAUAAACUGAUGAAGAAUUGCGGAUUUGAAUUUAUUUAUUCUUCAACAUCAACAUCAACAUCAAACAUUUAUUCAGCAAAUAGGCCACAGGGGCACUUUUACAUGUCAAUUUUUACAAACAAUAAAAUUAACCCAACAAACAAUAAAAUUAACAAGGGAAGAUGGGGUACAUGUUAGCUGUAAACACAUUUUCUGUCUCUCAGACGACUUAAGAAAUAAAAGUAAAACAGUUCGUGAGAAGUUAUCAGACGAUGGACCCAAAAGCCAAAAAUUUAAGUUUUGUUUAGGCCCUAAAUAUAAUAUUUAUAUGAAUCAUUCUUAUCUUGUCCCGUAGGGGUUCCCCAUCUUACCAUACUUGGGGGGCAAGAUGGAGAGAAGGCACUUUUGGCCAUUUUAAUUUAUUUUUAAUUUUAUUAUCUAACUAGAGAGUUCCUAGUAAGUGUUGAUUAUGAAAGACUGAUUACCAAAGAUAAAAAUAAAAAUAACAAAAACUUUAAAAAAAUAGCAUUUUCAGUUUUAUUGGACUUGAAACAUUAAGUAUCCCGUCAUGCCCACCUCUCCCCUACAUUUCUUGACGUUGACGCAAAACUGACUUAGUUUAACAUUCAGGGUGUUGUUUUAUAACACUACAAAUUGAGAUAACUAAGGUCUGUUUUUUUAUUCCGUAGACUAAAAUGACGUUUCAUAUGUAAGACAUGACAUUUCUUAGUACCACAUGAAAUGUCAUUUUAGUCUACGGAUUACGGAAUAAAAAACAGAAUAUAAUCUAUUGGAGUCUUAGUAAUAGGGUCCCGUUUUUACCCUUUGGGUACGGAACCCUAAAAAUGAUUUAAAAUGUUCAUAUUUGGAUUAUUGGUAAAAAUCGUCCUUGACGUUGAAAAUCCUGUCUUUUUACACCGGUUUACAAUAAGUAUGUAAUAAUAAUAAUUUUGUUCAUUUUGGUAAAUAAAGGAUAUUGUAAUUUGAAAUUAUUGUAUUAUUUAUAUAUAAGGUGCUAACAAAUUAGCUACAGAAAUUUUACGAGAUGGUUGGUACUUUACACUAGAACAAUUAACUUUUAAUAGAAAUUAAGAAAGUUUCUCAUAAUUUUUAUUUUAUUUACCGAACAAAAUAAAUAAACUAUAAUUCUAUCUAAAAAAUAAUCAUCAUGUAUUUAACUGCUUGUUUGUCUUAAAUGUCAUUGUCAACGUGUCAUUUGAUUUAUCAGCGUGAAGUGGCCAGUUAAGUUUUAUAUUUAAAAGAGGUUUUAGAAUCUGUUCAAUGAGGUCUCAUUUAAUUAUCUCAUUAACAGAGUUUUUUUACAAAGCAAAUUUGUUUUCCUAUUUUCUCAAAAUAAUAUCAUAAAACCUAUAAUGUUUCAUACUUACAUAUACUUCAGGAGCCGAGUACUAUCAACUGUAAAGAUAUCGGUAGCUAAUUUGUUAGCACCUUUAUAAGGCAAACAAAGAAGUACAAAGCCGUAAGCAGGUAUUAAAUUAAUGCCCAAAUUAUAUUGUGUAUAUUAAUAAAUUUGAAAUAUAUGUUAUUAAUGGCAUAAAAAUAUACAAAUAUAAGCAUUAGGUAAUAAAUCAUAAGCCUGCAAUAAUUAAAAUGUCUGUAAUCUGUACAAUUCCAAAAUACGGGUUCCACGGAUGUUGCUCACAUAAUCUCGUAUGUCAAGGUGUUUCGGCUGAAAGCGCCCUGGCAGACUUAUAUAUUCCUGAAGAGAAGGUUCAUAUCUACCGACUGGAAUUGGUUUCAUGCUGGUAUCAGAUGGGUUAAUUUAGGGGUCCCGAUGGUCACCUUUGAGAGCGUAUGCCAAGCACUUCCGGCAGGAAUCAUACUGGCAGAUUUCGCUUUUCUGUAUCUACCAGUAAAUUUCUAACUGAUGCCAUAGCUUUUAUUGUAGUAUCAGAUGGGUUAAAUGACCCCCCCUUUUUCGCACCGGAAGUGGCUAUUUUUUUUGUACUUUCGGCUAGUUCCGCCGUGGCAGACUAUCAAAUUCGGACUUAGCAUCAGUUUUAUGGGAAACCAUUGUGCAUCUCAUCGCGGUAUCACGUUGGUUCGAAACUUUACUGCCGGCUCUUCUACCAUUAAAACGAACUGGACACAAGCGGCAGCGGCACGCGGCGAGCGGCAAAUUGUUCAUACAUUUGUUUGAGCGCAAUGUAUGAAUACUAUGAAUGGCCUUGAUUUGCCGCUCGCCGUGCGUCCAGUCCGCAGCCUAAUAACAAGAUGCGAGUUUACAUUUUAUUUAAGAAUACUGUGCUGUAAAAAGGACUAACAACUUUAGAUUGCUUGUCUCUAAAAAACCCCCGGAUGUAUUGCCAGCACAGAAAAUAUAAACAGUAGUUUUUUAUGUUGUCUGUGGUUGCCAGCCCUAAAUAAGCAUUUGGUGCAUUGUGUAAUUUUAUAAGGAUUCAAAACAAUUUCACAGCAUUUGCACAUAAUGAUUGUAUACAAUUUUUAUUGAUUUUAUUAUAGACUAUUUAUUUUAUAACUAGUGAUAAUAACACUGAAAAUAAGGUGAUAUGUUAUUAUGUAUGUGAUUUCCUCUAGUUAUGGUAAAUAGAGGUAGAAAAUGUAUAAAUAUUUUGUAAUUUUAUGAAAUUAUAGACAAUUUAUUAA